AUUAUUUCAUGAAUUCAGGGUAUGUUAUAGAAUAGUAAAUAAAAGGAAAAAAGGUCUAAUUGAUAACAUAUCAACGCUAUUUAAAAACUUAUAAAUAAUAAGAGAAUUAAAAUUUAUUUGAAGUAAAACUCAAAGAUAUCUAGGUGUUAAUGGGACUAAAAAACAAAAACUUUUCAAAUAUUGUGAAAAUUUAUGACGUAGUAUUUGAUGAAAAAAAAGGAGAGAUACUUGUUUAUGAGGAGGUUUGCAAACAUGAUCUGAGAAAAAUGAUGAAAAAUGAUCCCAAUUAAUUUAAUAUUUAAGAAAUACUAAAAUGCUUAUCGGAUGUUAUUUAGGGAUUGUUAGAAUUGAAAAGUCUAAAUAUUUUUCAUAGAGACAUUAAACCAGAUAAUAUAGUUCACGAUGGCACAAAUUAUAAAAUAAUUGACUUCGACAGAGCUAAAGUAAAUGUGAAUGGUGAGAUCAGAAUUCAUUCCUUAUAAAUUGGGUAAAUUUCUCUUUUAGUCUUAGCACUAAAGGAUAUUAAGCUCCAGAAAUAAUUAAUAAUUAACCUUAUUCGUAUCAAUGCGAUGUGUGGAGUUUAGGAUGUGUAUUCCAUUAUUUACUAUUUGGGAAUGAUCCUAAAAUAUCAAAUGAUGAAGUUUUCAUUCCUCCAAAACAUUAGUAUGAUGAUUAAGUUAUUAAAUUGCUCCAUAAAAUGUUAGAUAUGAAUCAAAGAAAAAGAAUAAUGCUAGAAGAUCUUAAAAAGGAAGUAAAAAAUCUAUAACAAAAUUUGAACAAUUCUGAUACAUCUACAAGGCUAGAAUAAAAUACAAAAUCCUAGUUUUUAGGUUAAAAUUAACCAGAUGAAGAAAAUAAAUUCAAUACGAUUAUGGAAUAGUUAAUAGAUAAAGAGCAGAAUUUAUAAAAAAAGAUAUACUUAUACUAAUUUUGGGUUUAAAGACUUGAAAAAAAAUUCCCAGAAAGUAUGGAUUAAAGAAAAAAAGUUACAGAAUAACAAUUAAAAACAAUAGUAGAAGGAUAAUAAAACAAAGUAAAGUUUAAUCUAUUUUAUUCCCUUGACUAAAUUAAAAGCUAAUUAAAAUGCUUUACAAAAUUAUAGUAAUUCUAUGAUUUUUGA